CCACAUUCUGAUAAGGGCUUCAGCAAUUGGACCAAAGGAGCUUACUUUAUUCAGCUGAAGCCUUCAAUGAGACAACCCUUACUGCAGAAGGGCAUCAGACAUAGCUGAAGCCUUCUGUAAGACUACAGUCACUACCAGAGAUAAUAUGAUAGACCUUUGCCAAACAUAUUAAUUGAGGUGUUCUUGAGCAAGUGCCUUUCACUUGGGAGAUGAAAGGUGGAUUCAACUAUAACAUGAUGGGGAGAUUAGUCUCUGUCACUCUGACUGCCCUUGUAUGUACAACCAUACUACUUUGGGCUUGGGAGAAAAAUCCUUUUGCGGAUACUCUACUACUGGCCCGAGAACGGUUUCCAAUUCCUUCAAUAGAUUUUCUGGAGGACUCCCCAAAGAAUUCCUCAAAGUCUACGAAGACAGACAGGAAUAUUCAAGGGAAGGAUAUAGAAGAAACAAACAAAAUACAAAAUUCUGGUGCUGCACCAAUUCAAGGGAAGGAUACACCUUCUGCUACAAUAGAUGAAACAAAGAAAAUAGAAAACUCUGGUGUUGCACCAACAGAUUAUGCAUUUUCUCCUAUAAUGGACGGGCAUAAUCUGAAUGCAACAUCUACUGACCAACGUAAAGUCUGUAAUUUUGCCAAGGGUAGAUGGAUUCCAGACAUCAGGCGACCAUUGUAUUCUGGGUUUCAUUGUAAGCAAUGGUUAUCAGCAAUGUGGGCUUGCAGACUGACACAACGACCAGAUUUCUCUUUUGAGGGAUACCGGUGGAAGCCAGACAGUUGUGAAAUGCCAGACUUCGAGCGAUCUUCAUUCUUGAGAAGAAUGCAGGACAAGACAAUUGCUUUUAUAGGAGAUUCUUUGGGCCGACAGCAGUUCCAGUCUUUAAUGUGUAUGGCUACUGGUGGAGAAGAAAGCCUAGAAGUUCAAAAUGUGGGAAAAGAAUAUGGCCUUGUCAAACGUCGUGGAGCCAUUCGUCCUGAUGGCUGGGCCUAUAGAUUUCCUAAGACCAAUACCACCAUUUUGUAUUACUGGUCGGCCAGCCUCUGUGACCUUGUGCCACUUAACAGCUCAAACCGAACCACUGAUGUUGCGAUGCAUUUGGACCGUCCCCCAGCUUUCAUGAGGCAGUACCUUGAUAGAUUUGAUGUGUUGGUUCUUAAUACUGGGCAUCAUUGGAACAGGGGGAAAAUAAAUGGAAAUCGGUGGGUAAUGUAUGUAGAUGGAAAACCCAAUCAAGAUAAAAGGCGUGCACAAAUUGACAGAGCGAAGAAUUUUACCAUACAUAGUGUUGUCAGGUGGCUUGAUUCACAACUUCCAUCACAUCCCCACCUCAAAACAUUCUUCAGGACCAUCUCACCAAGGCAUUUCUUUAAUGGUGACUGGAAUACCGGGGGAUCUUGUGAUAAUACUACUCCGUUGUCUGGAGGAAGUGAAGUGGUCCAAGAAGGGUCAAGUGAUGUAGUCAUUGAGGCUGCUUUGAGAGGUACAAAGACAAAGAUUCUGGACAUCACUGCUCUUUCUCAAUUGAGGGAUGAAGGUCACGUAUCCCGCUACACCAUUAGAGGUACUGCUGCUGGAAAUGAUUGCUUGCACUGGUGCCUACCUGGAAUUCCAGACACAUGGAAUGAACUCCUUAUUGCACAAAUAUAGAUCCAAACUCUGGGAAGAAGAAACCAAAUCUGCUAAUCUUCAGGUGUCCAAGUAUACCAAUUGUUUUCUGGUAUAAUUUUUUGUUUUAUAAUAUUUUUUUCACUACUCAUAGCGUUCAUAGAAAUAUAAUAGGAAAAGCUUCUACUCCAAUUCCAGUUCUUAUUAAAUUGAAUGCUAGUUGUUGAUCUAGGCAAAAUUCAAACUGAGGGUGUUCACCAGAUAGCUGACUUGUACCCUCAGGACUCUGAAUCUGUGGGUACUGGGUAGCAGUCUUCCUGUUGUAUCAUAGCAGUCUGCCUGUUGUAUUGCAUGUAACAUAGCAACCAUUAUUAUCAGGUUGUUGCUAAUAUAAAGUUGCAAAAGUUUUCUACU